CCCAGACCCGCCGUUUUUUCAAUCUUGAGAAACCUCCACAAGAGAGGCGAGCAAAUGCUCACGAACUCAGAGAUGGUUCUCUCCCAGUUCUCUAAAAUCAACAUUUCUCUCUUUACUUUACCAAUCCAUCGCAAUUUUAGCGCAUUUCCGGCCAAUAAACCGAUUAUCGCGGCAACAGCAGCCCCCAUUUUCACAUCGACUUCAUUCCAGUUGCCCAAAUCCACUGUAACUCCGGCCGAACCAAUUCCGAUCACCGAUUUUUCGGAAUAUCCGGAAGAAAUCCAGUUAUCCAUAUCCCCUGAUAAGCUAUUUGUGCCGCCGGAAACAGAUAUUUCCGGCGGCGGUGGUGCGGGGCCGAGAAUCUUGAAAGGUUCGAACAUUGUAUUGGGUCGGUACGCGAGGGAUGCGCAGGUUUCUGAGGCGGAUUUUGUGAAGAGUAGUGUGACAACUGAGGAAUGCCCUUCUGAUGGGCUUCCUGAAUUUGCGCUUGUUGGGCGCUCGAAUGUGGGGAAAUCUUCACUGUUGAACUCGCUUGUUCGGCGGAAGAAGCUUGCUCUUACCUCCAAGAAACCAGGAAAGACACAGUGCAUAAACCACUUUCGAAUUAACGAUAGUUGGUACUUGGUCGAUUUGCCGGGAUACGGGUAUGCAGCUGCACCACAGGAACUCCGAACGGAUUGGAACAAGUUUACGAGGAACUAUUUUCUGAAUCGGUCGACGUUGGUUUCGGUUUUCCUUCUUAUAGAUGCAAGCAUUCCUGCCAAACAAAUUGAUCUUGACUAUGCUAGUUGGUUGGGUCAGAAUCAGAUUCCGAUGACGAUAAUAUUUACGAAAUGUGACAAACGAAAGAAGAAAAAGAACGGUGGAAAACGACCCGAAGAAAACGUGAGCGACUUUCACGAACUGAUAAGCGGUUUUUUCCAAACGACUCCGCCAUGGAUCAUGACUAGCAGUGUCACCCAUCAGGGUCGGGAUGAAAUACUUCUACAUAUUGCUCAGCUGAGAAACUACUGGCUCAAGCACUGAAAAAGCAUCUUGCCAACUCGCCUUCCCGAGUCAACCAGGUACAA